AACCAGCCCCUAUAAAUGAUGACAGAUAUUUAUAACACAUUGGCUCUGAAUGAUCAAAGCAGCUCUGGUGGAGGAAAGUCUGGCUAUAAUGUUACAACAUGGCCAAUGAAGCAACACCUAAAGCCAGAGUUCUUGGCCCGUGGAGCCAAACCUUGGUCAGGUUUGAUCAGAAGUUGAGGCCCACAGCCCCCAGGGCAGGGGGAAGGAACUCACCCAUCAGCAUGGGAAGGGACAGGGUGGUAUGCAGCACGGGUGUAUGUGUGUGUGUGUGUAUUGUUAACCUCUCCAGCCAUAGCAAUUAACCCCAGAUUCUCUGUUCAGUGUUUGAAAUCCUAUUGGUAUACAUCUGCCCCUACAGCUGUGGCUGGCAGCCUUGCUACAUUGACAACAAGGCUGCAUAGCCCAGCCACUCAUCCACACAAGCACACUGUCCCACAGCCUCGUGCUCAGGGCCAAGGCUGACUCCUUUUCAUGAAAUGUUCAAGGCCAUGGUAGAGGUUAUGUGUCUUAUCCCUUUUAGGAAAAUAUACCCCUAUGCUUAUGGCCCUAUCUCUAAAGUCCUGUAAGUGAUCACAAUAUCAAAGUCAAAGAAAUCAUGAUUUGAGUCAGUCCCAUAUCUACAAUAAAACCCUUCCCCCCUUCACACCUUGGAGCAGAUAUGUCACCAAUGCCAUCAGUUUAUACCUUCCCCUAGAGAGAUGGAAAUUUUUUGUUUUUCAAAAUAGACUUUCUCUGUAACUUUUUUUGUUUGUUGGUUGGUUGGUUUUAUUUUUUUGUCUUUUGAGACAUUGAGACAGGGUUUCUCUGAGUAACAGUCCUAGCUGUCCUGGAACAAGCUCUUGUAGACCAGGCUGGCCUUGAACUCAAAGGGAUUCACCUGCCUCUGCCUCCUAAGUGCUGGGAUUAAAGGCAUGUGCCACCAUGAUCUGGUUCUCUGUAGCUUUUUAAGCCUGUCCUGUAACACUCUGUAGACCAGGUUGGCUUCGAAUCUACAGAGAUCCACCUGCUUCUACCUCCCAAGUGCUACGAUUAAAGGCCUGCGCCACCACAGCCCAGCAAGAAAUGGAAAUUAAGUCGUUCCUGGAGGGUCCUGUCGCCUGCCUUGCCACAGCUCUCCUCUGAGACUACAACUCUGCAAGGGUCAGCAGAUGCGCAUCUGUGAUGCAGAGAGCCUCUGCAGCUCCAGUGCAGCUUGCUGCUGCAUCUUCAUCCCAACAGAAGAUAAAGAUCAAGAGGGCGGGGUUCUUCCCCUUCCUUAUAACUCUGCCUUAUAACUCUCCCAGCUGCGGCCUUUUCCUGUCUGCAGAGCUGUUUGCAAGUUAAGAAAAAAAGGAUAAAAACCCUUCUGGGGACUGUUCUUCACCAGUCACAAGUAGUAAGUACUGGGUGAGGUAGCUCAGCAGCCACGAGACGGGGAACCUUGCAGGGCCUUUAGACUCCAGGUCUUUCCUCUCAACAGCCUUCCCUACUUUGCUGCACCUCCAGGUCACUGACCCUGCUCGCUCUAAUCAUUCUGGAUUUUCCCUGAGCACACCUACAACUACAGUAUUGCUGUGGUUGCUAGGAUCUGAACUCAAAAUGUCCUCAAGAUUGGCUUGGAGUCAGCAAGAAUGUGAAUAGCCUUGCCCUCAUCUGGCCACCUCCUUCCCUUUGUUCGACUGUGUCAAUUGUCUGUUGAUCUACCCUGAAGUUUAAAGUGAGGAAGGAGCCAGAAACAAUGCAAAAAUAACACUAACUUUCCUUUUAACCUUCUGGUUUGUUUUUUUCCCCUCGUUUCUCCAGGCUAAACCCACAGUCCAUUAGUAGUGGUUACAGGGCUCCGCCCCAUCUCCACCCCUUUCUGCCCCCGUUUUUUUGGGAGGACAGCCAGUCCUAGCACUGCUUCCACUCCCUCCCACUUGGGUCCUACAAAAUAUUCAACUCAAAGUCCAACUGCGCAUUUCCUACAUUGCAACACCCAUACAGAGAUCCCUACCACUGUGCACCAGGGCAGUGAGGCUCAGAGCUCGGAACCAGAGUGCUUUAAUGUCUGGACUAUGCUUGGGACCCAGGGACACGGAAAGUUUGCAGUUGUUGCAACAUGGAGUUGAUUGAGGAUAUCUCCCGUCCACCACUGGUGUAUGUGAAGGGUAUCCCACUCAUCAAAUAUUUUGCGGAGGCUCUUGGGCCAUUGCAGAACUUCACUCCCUGGUCUGAUGACUUGCUUAUCAGCACAUACCCAAAGUCUGGUACUACCUGGAUGAGUGAGAUCCUGGAUAUGAUCUACCAGGGAGGCGAGGUAGAAAAGUGUCUCCGGGCCCCCAUCUAUGCCCGGGUGCCCUUCCUUGAGUUUGGAUGCCCGGGAGUUCCCUCAGGUCUUGAAUCUUUGGCAGAGACACCAGCCCUGCGGCUCCUUAAGACACAUCUGCCACUGUCCUUGCUCCCUCAGAGUCUGCUGGAUCAGAAGACCAAGAUGAUCUACAUUGCCAGAAAUGCAAAGGAUGUGGCCGUCUCCUAUUAUAACUUCUACAACAUGGCCAAGGUGCACCCUGAUCCAGGCACCUGGGACAGCUUCCUGGACAACUUCAUGGAGGGGAAAGUGUCCUAUGGGUCGUGGUACCAGCACGUGAAGGAGUGGUGGGAGCUGACACGCUCUCACCCUGUUCUCUAUCUCUUCUAUGAAGACCUGAAGGAGAAUCCAAAAAGGGAGAUCAAGAAGGUCCUAGAGUUUUUGGGGCGCUCUUUGCCUGAGGAGACCGUGGAUCUCAUUGUUCACCACACAUCCUUCAAGGAAAUGAAGGAGAACCCCAUGACUAACUACACCACUCUCCCCUCUGCAGUCAUGGACCAUGACGUUUCUCCCUUCAUGAGGAAAGGUACCACUGGGGACUGGAAAAACAUCUUCACUGUAGCUCAGAAUGAGCGCUUUGAUGCCCACUAUGCUAAGAUGAUGAGAGGCUGCAAUCUCAAAUUCCGUUGCAAUCUGAAAUCUGAGCCAACAGAAUGACCAGGACUGGGGACGUACAUGAAUGAAGAGGGUUUUAUCAACAUCCGUCAGGAAAGCAAUCCAUCCGCGCAUUGAAAAGGAACCCAAACAUGCAAGAGAAGAAGACAAAAACUGUAUUUUACCUGAAAGAAUAAAUGCC